AUUAGAAGCAAUAAUGAGUUAGGAGGAGAUUUGGGCUAAAUAAGAUGAUAUAAAUUUAUAAGCUGAGGAAGGUGAGUAAAGAAGGAAGAAUAAAAAAAGAGUAAUUACAAAUCCCAAUUAAUUAACAGGACAUUGGAGUGAAUAAGAACAUAAUACAUAUAUAGAUUUUUUGAAUAUGCAUAGAACAGUGAUGGAAUCAUAAGAUUAAAAGAAAACAAGCAAGAUUUUCAAAUUGAUGAGUGAAACCAUUGGUACUAGAAGUCCUUCUUAAUGCCGGUGAGAUUAGUUUUUUCUCUAUCUUAUAGGUCUCAUCAUUAGAAGUUUAAUCCUUUUUUACAUUCUGUUAAGAAGAGAUCAAAGGGAGUGGGUCGAAAGAGAAAGGAGAAUGGAAACUAAGAUAAAAUAGAUAAAUUUAAUGAUAAUGGACUGUUAUAAUAGUUUAUGAUUGGACCUCAAUUUUAUUAAUAAUAAUAGAGUUUUUAAGAUUUCUAAUUUCAAUUUCCGUAGAUGUCAUAUAUGUUUCCAAUGAUGGAUUAGAUUUGUAAGGAUGAGGAUAAAUUAAAUCUAUAUGAUUAAUAAUAGUUGUAUUAUCAGUAAUACUUGUUGGCAUAAUAGUAAAUGUAGUCGUAAAUGGAUGAGAAAAAUUUGUUUUGUUAUUUUAUGUAACCCUAACAGAUUCAGAUGAAUUUGAAUUAUUAUCCACAAUAGAUGAUAUCUAAUAUAUCAGAUGAUUUAAACAUCAAAGAUAAUCAAUUUGAUGAAUAAUGA